AUGGCGGUGGUUUCAUCUAUGGGGCAAGAUGCUGGCUUCAAGCGCGAGGGUCAUUCUGGAUUGGGAGCAGGUCCUAAAACUUUGGAGGCCUCUUGCUGCACCAGUGAAGAAAAUGAGAGUCGAAACAGAAGAUACCAUCAGUUGAAAUGCUCAGAGAGCAACUCGGGGCAGUUACACCUGGACUACAUCCCAAAUUUCCACUGCAAGAGCUUGCCAACAAGAAGCAAGACAAAUGCUGAACAAAGUGUCAUAGGGAAGCGUGGUUCUAUGUACCAGAGCUCUAGUGAAAUUAGCAGAAUCAGAAAAAUCCAGGAGGGCAGGAGGAAAAUAGAUUCUGCAUUUGAUGGGGAUGCAUUUCUGUCCUUUGAUAUUGUUGAUGCAUCCUCUCGCCCUAGCACAAGUGGAGGUUAUCUGCACUCCCAUCAGAACCGGAGGUCAGGUGCUAAGCCUUCUGUAGAAACUGCUCAUAAGAUUAUUCGAGCAUCAAAGGACUUCCUGGACCUUUCGUUCCGUGAACUUCCUGAUGAGAAUUUUAAGCUAGACCGACCACGCUUGGACAGUACCUUGUUGAAAAAUGAUGGAGACGAUGGUUUCUUGGAGAUUUCUCUUGAGAAAGAGAUAACGAAGGGUGGCCCCUGCAGAAAUGCAGCUCCUGUCUUGCUAAACACUGAGUCAGGUAAAUGCACUGAAAUGAAUUACCUGCACAAGACGAGGGGAUGCCCCAGUGAGAACAACUCUGCUGAGAGGGGGAGGGAUUCAGCAAGCAGUUCCAAAUCAACGCCUGUGAAAGUAAGCUCCUUCGAUGGUACCUGUCAAUCUAACGAUGUUCAACAUCAUAUCAUAGAGAACAACACUAAAGCUCGAUCAAGCCCCUUCAAGAAGAUGCUGGACCCUAUCAUGAAGUCCAAAUCUCUUAGGAGCCUGUCUCUCAUGGAAAAAGGAGACUCCAACUCUAUAACUGGGACAGGGAGCAAGAAAAAUUCCAUGUCUCGAAAAUCACUGUUGGGUGAUUUUUCAAGAACUGAACAUGCAUCUAAUUGCCAGCCCAAUGGACAAACGCAGCUUGUCAAAUCUGCUUUGUCACCUGCUCAUCUUCAAGCGGUUCUUAGAUUGGAUUCCAAGAAUGGUGUACAGGUUUUUGAAUUUUGUGUUGAGGGCCCAGAAGAAUCCUUUUCCGCCAGGAAUUGGAAAACUGGAGAUGAGUUGAACUCUAUAUACACCUUCCAUAGUGGUGGGAAACGAUCCAGUGCUGCUGGAAGGAUCUCCAAAGAUGGAGGCUUGAAUUUACCCCCAAUCGUAGGGCAGGUGCAGGUUUCAUCUUAUUUAUUCUCUGAAGUUGGAAAAGAUGGUACGGUGAAUAACUCUGUCAUCACCGAGUUUGUUUCAUACGAUAUUGCUCAUGCAAGGCGGAUUGUUGAGGAAAAGACUCAAUGUACAGAGACCCCUCAACAGCCACUUUGUGGUGUCGUUGAUAAAUCAAUCUCUGGUGAUUCUCCACAGAGGAUUAAUCUGAUGGAAGAGAACAAGAUUGGGAGAAAUAACUCGGAUGUAUCAACAUCUUGCCCAUGGUCUGAAGAAGAUCUUUAUCCUCAUUUGGAGAUCGCUGCAACUGUGAUAGAGGUUCCAUUUAGUAAAGACAAGUCCAAAGAAAUGAAGAAUGGUUCAUCUCCUUGUACUGUCAAAGUUGUUACACCUAGUGGACUGCAUGGUUCACCUAGUGAUGAUGAAGCCAGCCCAUCUCCCUUGCUAGAUAGAUGGAGGUAUGGUGGGGGUUGUGAUUGUGGCGGAUGGGACAUGGCUUGUCCCAUUGAAAUUCUUGGCAAUGCAUAUGAUAAUAACUGGGCUGAAUCUAUAACCACCAAUGCGAAACAUCCCAUGAAGCUCUUUGUUCAGGGUAGCAAAGAAGAGCACCCUGUCCUUUCUAUGAAGGAGAAUGGGAGAGGACAGUUUUUGGUGGAUUUCCAUGGGCGACUAUCAGCAUUACAGGCAUUUUCCGUUUGCAUCUCUCUGCUGCACUGUUCUGAAGCUUCGAUCGCCAUCAGUCUCGAGAAGGGGAAGCAGAAACUGUAUUCCAGCUCACUUAAGUUGCUCCUUGAGGAGGAUGUGAGGCACCUAAUCGAGGCUGUCACAGCUGAAGAGAAGCAGCAGCAGAAGAAGAAGCGGAGAGAAAAGGCACCUCCAUCUGUUCUGCUUGACCCGCCUUUUUCUCCCAUUGGAAGAGUAUAG